UGUUUAUACUCUAAAUUAUUAUAAUUAAAUCUAAAUAAAUUUCACUUUAAACAAAAACUUGUCCAAAGAAAUUUAGAAUUGAAAAAAAAAGUAAGAUCUGAAACUCUAGAUCUACUUGCCGCCACCAUAUUCAUCCCUUCGCCAUUAUCACCAACAAGCUCGUUGUAGUGUUCGAGAUCGGAGGCAGAAUAAGCUCGCCACUGUCGCCAUUCAUGUCCUCGUUGUUGUCACCAUCAAGCUUCUAUGUCAAUGUCGUUGCUCGCCGUCUUCCUCUGAUCAUUCUGCCGUUGCUCGUCGUCGUGUCAUUCUUUUCUCACUAUCGCUCCUAUGCUCACUCCUUUGUCGCAGAUCAUCACAUCGCUGUCCAGAUCUCUCGUUGCUCAUCACCGUGUCGUUCUUUUCUCACUGUUGCCUCCUCUGGUCUUGCCACCUCCUCUGCUCAUCACUCCUUUGUCACAGAUCAUCACAUCAAUGACCAGAUCAGUCGUUGCUUGUCAUUGGGUCAUUCUUUUCUCACUGCCGCCUCCUCUGGUAACUUCUUCUCCAACAACAACAAUAGUCCUCCGGUGAAGCUGACAGGAUAUGGAGAAAGUAUGAUCCAAUUUAUAUUGAAGAUAAACCUCUUAGGGUAAUUCAAUUGCCGCCUUUCUCACCCUCAUCGGCAACACAAUCGCACAGAUUAGAGACCAUGGGAGCAAAGCAAAAGCUGUUGAUAUUUGAUAAGCACAACAAUGACUCUUAG